AUGGAUUGCGAGUUCCAUCCAGAUAGCUUUGCUGCACUACAUCGUGAGUUCUCUGUCCUAUCAUUUAUUUCUCAGAUUCCCUCCCCGAUCGGCCACCCUCGUAUCAUAAGCGCCGAUUUCAAGUCCGGUGUCCUUGUGCUAAGCUCGCCAAAGGUCUACUGGACACCACUUUGGCAGCAUGUCAACGAGCCGGUCCUCGAUCUUGACUCAUUACUUCAGAUGAAGCAUGAAUUGCUCGACUAUAUCGGAUCAUUGAAAUCAGCCGGCGGUUGGCUACUGUACUUGGGUGGAUGGGCGGACACGGACUUCUGCUCGGCACCGGAUCGAAUCCAAUCAGAUGAGUGGAAGACACAAGAGAAAGAGCAGGUGAAUGAGAUCGCCAAGUCCCCCGAGCUCCCGCAAAUUCACGUCUUUCAAGACUCAACACUCUCACCCGAGUCCAAUCUCUCUAUGCUUCGGUCAUGGAUUGGCAGCGGUACGAUCCGCUCUCUUUGCGUUCGACGCUUGACUCGGUCACCCCGUUUGUUCCCUAAAGCUCCAUUCUCCUCCGCGCCAAAUCGCUAUCUCCAACCGCCGGCCUCCGCAGAUCGCGUUCCCCUUCGCAAACAACUCAAGCAGGAAGCUAAAUCGCUUCGGUCACACAAAAGGCAACGCAAGGAAACAGCAGAGGCUUCGAGGGAAGAAUGGGAACUGACAGUGGGCGUGGAGAUCCACGCGCAAUUGGAUACAGAGACCAAACUAUUUUCCCGGGCAGCAACAUCGACAAGUGAUACUCCCAAUUCCAAUGUCGCCUUGUUCGAUCUGGCGUUCCCGGGUAGCCAACCGGCAUUCCAAAUCGCAACACUUCUACCAGCUCUCCGCGCUGCUAUUGCACUGAAUUGUGAGAUACAACCAGUCAGUCGGUUUGAUCGGAAACAUUACUUUUACCAGGAUCAACCGGCGGGGUAUCAAAUCACACAAUACUAUGAACCCUUCGCACGAAAUGGCUAUGUUGAGCUAUUCGACUAUGAUGGAAUCGCUCCGGAAGACGGUGAACGGGUUCGUAUUGACAUCAAACAACUGCAGUUAGAGCAGGACACAGCCAAAUCCCAGGAAUACCCGCCCACGACACAACUUCUUGACUUCAACCGUGUGUCCCACCCCCUUAUUGAAAUCAUCACUAUGCCGCAAAUCCACACUCCGGCAACGGCUGCAGCAUGCGUUCGGAAACUACAAGCCAUUGUACAAUCAUGUGGUGCUGUGACUACGGGAAUGGAGAUGGGCGGUCUUCGUGCAGACGUCAACGUCUCGGUCCGACGCCGAGGCGAAGAACCCGGGAAAUAUCAGUACGACGGGAUCAGCGGGUUGGGUCAGCGUACGGAGAUUAAGAACCUCAGCAGCUUCAAGGCGGUAGAGGAUGCCAUCAUUGCUGAGAAGAAUCGUCAGAUCGAGGUUCUCGAGAGUGGCGGUGUCAUCGAAGGAGAGACACGUGGGUGGACGAUCGGUAGCACUGAAACUCGCAGACUUCGCGGCAAAGAGGGCUCGGUCGACUACCGCUACAUGCCUGAUCCUGAUAUUCCACCUCUGGUCAUUGGAGAGGACCUGCUCUCUAGUCUCAGAGACUCUAUUCCGACAGCCCCAGAUGCACUUCUCACACUGCUCGUCGGAUCCGAGUUUAGUCUUCCAAUCGAAGAUGCCAAACCACUCAUCGAGCUGGACAACGGAGCCCGACUCGAGUACUAUCACGAUGUGGUGGAUAUCCUCCGCACUCUUCAAGUAGACCAAGACGAUAAAACACGCGCCAGUCUCGCACGGGUGGCAAGCAACUGGGUUUUGCACGAGCUGGGAGGUCUUUUGGCCAAAGCAGACCGGGCAUGGGACCCAGAGAUCGUCCCAGCCAGAUCCUUGGCCCAUCUCAUCGACCACCUACAGCGGAAACGUAUCACCGGCCCCACAGCCAAACAGGUGCUGGCCACCAUCUUUGACGGGGACCAUCGACCAGUGCCGCAACUACUAGAGGAGGAAAAUCUUCUACUGCGGCCGCUGUCGCGGGAGGAAUAUCUAGCGCUGGCAGAGUCGGUCAUUGCCAUGAACCCGCAGAUGGUCGAACAGAUCCGCAGCAAGAAUCAGCUAGGUAAACUAGGCUGGUUCGUGGGACAAAUGAUGCGGACUGGUGAAAAGGGCCGUGUGGAGGCUCCUAAAGCAGAGGAGAUUCUCCGGGAGUUAAUUCUGGGAUAG